AAGAUAUUAGGAAUUUUAAUUGGCGGAUGUCACGUAAACUUUUUCAUGCUUGAUUAGAUUCAGUUGACUGCUGAAACCUUCGACUUAUCGUUAUCUUUACAAAAAAACAUUCCUUCAACCUGGAUUUAGUCAUGCUUGUAAAUAUGUACUUACACCUUGCCUACUUUUAUGGAUUAAGUUGAUAUUCAUCGCAAAAAUGAAUAUUACAUUGAAAAACCUUAGUAUGUUUAUCAUAGUAGUUAUAUAUGUUGUCCUUAACGACGUUCAUGGCCAAUCGUAUCAGCCGGUGAAUUUUAAACCAUCAUCUACAGGAAGACGUUUGCUUUAUUCAGAUUGGGAAAGCGCGCCGUCAUUUUAUUCACCUGGUGGUAUAACACCAGAUAAUGAACCUCGUGCUCCUAUUUACAUGGAAUUAACAAACAAUCUUACAUCUGUUAACGGAGCUUCAGGUAUAUGUGGUGUUUGUGCACGUAUAUAUCGCGUUUUGCAUAUGACUCAACUGAAUGCUGCUGAAGAAUGCCGACGUCAUCAUAAUUCGAGACAAGCAGCUUUUGGUGAUAUUACGGAAUUUUAUCACACGUUAGUGAAAAGCAGACGGUUAAAUGGAACAAUUGAAUUCCCUUUGGCAGAUAAAUUUUCAAGAUUCACUUUUAGAACUACAAUUUUGUAUUUAGCCUCUAGAGAAAAUGAACCUGGUUUAAUGAUUGAAGCUGGAUCUGAAACAAAAUAUGUACUGUGCGUUCAAUCAAUUAAAUGUCCAACACCAAUCAUGACAACUACCACAGAACCUAUUACAACAACCACACCAUUGACGACAAUAACAACAUUAUCAACAGUUUUAAACAAUUCAGAUAAUCUAUCUAACUUAUCACCAUCUAAUUCACAGAGUCGUGCUGCUAACAAUUUAUUUGGCAAUAGAAAUGAUGAACGUAGUGGUUCUGCAUUUUGGGAUGCACUUUUAUCUGGAACUGAACCGAAAGAUUGGUUUCUUGCGACCGUUUCUUUGGCUUGUCUAUGUCUGGUACUCAUAAUCGUACUUAUUAUAACAUGGUUGUAUAUAUGUCGCAUCCGUAGGCUGUAUAGUCGAAGGCGUUGCCAAGGUACAUGUCGUUUUGGAUGUCGUUGUCCGCCGGAGGUUGUUCGUCAAAUGGCCGCAGAGGCAGCAGUAUGUGGCCCUUUAGGGCUACAAACGCACCAGCCAUUUAUAAAUACAAUGUCACCACAUGGAAAUGGUUCUGUCAAAAGUGGAAGUGGAUAUGGGAAUACAUUAUAUACAGGUGGGACAUUGAAUUCAGGUGGAUGGGGUUCAAAUGGCAACAAAAUUGGUUCUCCACUUUAUGUGGCUUUAAGUUCUGGGGCUGAUAAAGCGACCUUAUUAAGUGCUGGAUGUAAUACACCUAACUGCAUGCUCGAGAUGUCUGGAGGUUUACAACUAACUAACACGGUAGAUGGAAGUAGUGGAACUUGGAAUCAAACAAAUGGAAAAUUUCGAAAUCCUCGUCUUCGUCCAAAACGCUCAACACAGGACGCUUUAAGACGAAGUACAAGUGAAGGUUCUAGUGUUUCAGGUGUUACUGGUACCGUAGGUGCUAAUAAUAAUACUACUACAGGAAUAGAACAAGGUAAUUUUGUUUAUCGUCCUGGACCGGUGGUUAGUUUUUCCGAUGCAACAAUUUCAAAUAUUAUACCUGCCAUGGUUGUAAGUAAUACUAAUGCAGGUCAACAUGGAACUGAAUCAACAACAACUGUCUAUCUUCAAACUUGUCCAAAUGGAUAUAAUUAUUCAGAUAGUGGUAGAGGCAGUGGUAUCAGUCCAGGCUAUUCACAUUCACCGACACAUGUGAAUAAUCGGAAAGUUAACGACGGAACAUAUUUCAAUAAUAGUAACAAUAAUAAUGUUACUAACGCCAAUAAUAAUAAUCAAAGCAAUAUUCAAAAUGGUUUCGUUAAUUCCAAUAGUCCAAUAAAUAUGGAUGAUGUUGAAAGCAGAUGUGAUAUGAAUUAUUUAGGCAAUCAAGCAAAUAAAAUUUUAUCCAGUUUACAAUCGGAUCAUUGUACGAAUUUCAAUGGUUUUAGUUCAGAUUCUCACAACAUAGCAAUACAUCAUUUAAAUCGUGAUUCUGAAGGGGAUUUUGUAAAUAUCACACCACCAUCAGGAUUUUAUGAUUUUAAUAACAAUAACAAUAAUAGUAACGAUGUAAUUGUAAAUUCUGAUUCUGCUUAUUUGGGAAAUUCAUCUCGUCAGCAAUCACAGACUUUUCAUCAAAAUCGUUUGAUAACUAGUCCAAAUAGUUUUGGGCGACAAAUAUUCAAUCAACUAUCUCCAUCAAUUGUAGUACCACCGUCACAGUCAUUUAUUAAUUCUUCUUGUAUCAAUGACAGUAUUACAACUACAUCUUCUUUAUAUCCAUCCAGUCAGGCAGAAUGGCAUAAUACUACUUUAUCACUUAACAAAUUUAAUUUACAAAAUGGUGAAAUGAUUGGUAGUCUGGAUGAUGAAUAUGUCAAUGGUUAUUCAACAGAGGUUGGUAAUACAGGAACUGCAUCUAGAAUGCGCAAAUAUAUUACACCUAAUUACAAUAAUAGCAAUGGUGGCGGUGGAACAAGACCGUUAGUUUCACGUCCCCAUUUCUCAGAUUCUUUACAUUCUGGAGUGAACUAUCAUCAAAAUUCAUAUGCAAAUGAAAGUAAUUCUAUGACAAUCAAUAAUAGAUCUUUGCAUAAUACAAAUGAUACUACAACUCCUAAUGGAAUAUUAUCACCACCAAAAAUUGAUCAUAUAUUUACUACACUUACAUCAGAACGUAUGUUGUAAAUGGAACAAUUUUAGAUGUGUUUUUUUUUGAAAAAACCCAAUUGAUUAUUAGGAUUUCAGUUGUUUUCCAGUGAUAAUCUCUUAUUCAAAAGUGUAUUUUGUUUGUUUUGCAAAAAUGUGUGCUUUUCAUUACAUCCGAAAUAAAAGGCAGUCAUUUUUUUGUACACAAUAUUGGUUAUCAUUUUCAUACUUAAAUAUUGAACACUUUUAGAUUGUUGCAAAAAAUAAACAAACAAACAAAGGAAUCCUAUUCAGUAGUAGGUUUAAACCCUAUAAGAAAAAUUUUUAUUCUUUUGUUCUUCUUCAGCCAAUUGAUAAUGUUUAUCAUGACUCAGUUUCUUUUUUUUAAAACAAUCGUAUUAGCGAUGAUUUUGAUGGAUAAGUAGGAUAUUUGGAUAAAUUUUUGGUUUUUUUUUCGGUUCUUUGGAUCUAUGCGAUAUUCUCUUUCUAUAUGCAUAUAUAAUACUAACGCUAGAUAUUAUUAAUACAAAAUGAACUUUAUACGAUUGUACAGUUCGUGUUUAUAAAAUAUUUAUUGAUUUAAAUGGUGUUCUUACAACUUGUUUCCUCUUUAUAUAUCUCUUUAUAAUUAUGUACAUGA